AUGGAUUAUAAGGAUUCCAGUAUCUGUAUACGCAAUACUCCCUCCUGUGAACUCGUUUUUAUCCAAGCCGGACCUUCAUCCAAUUGGAUCGGAGCCCAUUUUUGGAAUUUGCAGGAGAGCAUUUUGUUUCAGGGAGUAGAGGAUGGUUAUUUUUACCUUCCUGCGCUCUUUCGAACAAAUACAAGGUGUCCCAUAUCGGGUCUUCCGCCUCGUUUGAUUGCCAUUGAUACUCUCGGUAGCAUACGUAGCCCUGGAUUAGAAACUUCUAUCACGCCACGUUCCGUCACUGUAGCUUGGGGUGGCGAUGUUCAAACAAUAAGACAAGACGAUGGUAAUUCUCAACCUCAAAUAAAUGGGCGUUCGCUUGGGAUCAAAGGAACAGAUUGUGAGAUUGUCGAAUCUGAUGUGUCAAAAUCGCGAUUCUGGACAGAUUGCCUGCUUCCAAUGGUGAAACGGAAGUGGAAUGGUGAAGACACAGUCGUAGUUCUACGCGAAUAUUUGGAUUCUUCCUCACCUGGCGAUGUUUUUGCUUCACCCUCCUGCUCUAGAAGGCCUUGCACUUCUGUAUCUGGAGGCAUCGGUCCAACUUCCUUCUUUUCAUCGUUCUCACAGGGUCUUGACUUGUAUCGUGCGGGGGGGGACGCUUUUGAGGAUUUCGAAAAUCACCUCCAUCGACUGGUGGAGGAGUGUGACCACUUGAACGGAUUCUCCCUUUUUGUCGAUUCUGACUCCGGUUUUGCUGGUGUGGGUCUUCGCCUAGGCGAGUUUCUUGGUGAAGAAUUCGCAAAGCGUCCUGUGUUCACCUCUGCUAUUUCCUCUCACUUCCAACCUCCUCAACUGUCGCGUCGGUGGCCCACCGUCUGCCUUAAUCGACUAGCCCUCUACGCUGCUAUGGAGGAAGCCACGAACUGGCCUUCCUGCUCUGCUUGGAUGCCAGUAUCAGACGCUGGUGACGUUUGCGCCACUUCCAGUCGCUUGGCUGCUGGACUGGCAACCCUGCUCACUCCUGUCUUGCUCAACCGUGAACAUAAGUACUCUUCCGAAUUGCAUAGCUUCAUUAACUCGUUAACACCAACGCGCAAGAAGAUGAUGUCACUGUCGUUGACCACUCAAGAGACAACGAAGAUUCGAGAACCAUCCUGGACACAUGCCAAUACUUUUAGGAUGUGUCGUGGUGCAGUCAAUGUGUCAUCCCGUCCCCGUUCCCUAGUUUGUCAGUUUUUCACACGCGGAUUUGUGAUGGAGGAAGACAGUUUUCUCUCUUAUUUACCACAUUGCCGCGGUUCCGCUUGCUUUCUUGUGGAGGGUGUAGACCCAGAGCUAUCCUGUUCUCUACCUGCUGCUCCUAUCACUGUUCCACGACUAAUUGGGACGGGGGCCUUACUCUGCACCCAGCCUGUGCGUUCGCGUACUCGCGCACUUAUUGAGGGCGUCAGUCAUUGGACCGCAGAGGACCAGUGGUUGUCCACAGGGCUGAAACUUCACAUGGACUGUGCAUUCCACAAAUCCGUCAACCCCGGUUUGGAGAUCGAUGAACUGCGCCAGCUGAAAGAGUCUGUCGUGGGCCGUCUUGUAGAGGCUUAUGCCUCACCAGAUGGUUGA